CACAAGCUGCGCUCCGAUCGACUCCAUGUUUUGCCAGCCAUAAAACCUGAGGCUGACGUGCUGUGCCGCUGCGCCCACAAUAUUGGGGCUCACGCAUUGGAACGGGUGCCAGGGCAGAUGUCCUCCACAUUCCUCAUCAAGCAGGGUCCGUGCUUUCAGUCGCUCAGAAAGGCCGCAGGCUCCCAGUUCUCCCUCAAGAAACCCACGUCACUCCUGUCAUCCCUCAACUUCAUCUCCACCAAGCGGGAAUCCAUAGCCCCUGGGCACCCAUCGAGCCUCCCUUCCGCCAAGGGAAGUCUAAAGAGUCUGCUUUUCAGUCAAAGCCCAUCAAGCAAAAGGGGAAUAAGCAGCGCGGUCUCAGCAGGGUUUGGGGGUUUUGACAGGCUGGCAGCCACGGCGCCUAACGCAAACGGCGAGCUGGACGGAGUAAUGGGGACCCCUCGGGGCAAGCCGAUGAAGUACAUAGUGGUCACAGGAGGAGUGGUUAGUGGGCUCGGGAAGGGGGUCACUGCGAGCAGCAUAGGAGUGGUGCUGAAAGCGUGUGGGCUGCGGCCGACGUCCAUCAAAAUUGACCCUUACCUUAACACCGAUGCUGGCACAAUGUCUCCCUUCGAGCACGGAGAGGUGUUUGUUCUUGAUGAUGGUGGUGAGGCCGAUCUCGAUCUUGGGAACUAUGAGCGCUUCCUCGAUGUCACGCUCACCGCAGAUAGCAACAUCACAACCGGCAAGAUCUAUAAGUCUGUGAUUGACCGAGAGCGGCGGGGCGACUACCUGGGCAAAACGGUCCAAGUGGUACCUCACAUUACAGAUGCGAUCCAGGAUUGGAUUGAGCGGGUGGCCAGCGUGCCGGUGGAUGGGCAGGAGGGUGCGGCAGAUGUUUGCAUCAUUGAACUGGGCGGAACUGUCGGUGACAUUGAGAGCAUGCCCUUUGUUGAGGCGCUUCGGCAAUUUCAGUUCCGAGUUGGUCGAGACAACUUCUGCCUGGUCCACGUGAGCCUGGUUCCCGUUCUGGGCGUCGUUGGUGAACAGAAGACCAAGCCGACCCAGCACAGCGUCCGCGAGCUGCGCGCGCUCGGGCUCACGCCGCACCUGCUCGCCUGCCGCAGCGCACAGCCCCUGGAGCAGAGCACGAAGGCGAAGCUGUCCCAGUUCUGCCACGUGCCCACCGACCACUGCCUGAACAUCCAUGACGUGUCCAACAUCUGGCACGUGCCGUUGCUGCUGCGAGACCAGAAUGCGCACAAGGCCAUCCUGCGCCAGCUCGGAUACCAGAACCCCCCCGAGCCGCAUUUGGAGGACUGGAGCAAGCGCGCGGUGCUGUGGGACUCGCUCACGCGGGAGGUGAAGAUCGCCAUGGUCGGCAAGUACACCGGACUGUCCGACUCGUACCUGUCCGUACUCAAGGCCCUUCAACACGCGUGCAUUGCCUGCGGGCGCAAGCUCGUGGUGCAAUGGGUAGCGGCCACCGACCUUGAACCAGCAGCGGAAAAAGAGAGCCCUGACGCUUUCAAGACGGCGUGGGCUACAUUGAGAGGCGCAGACGGCGUGCUUGUGCCGGGUGGGUUCGGGGACCGGGGGGUGCAGGGCAAGAUUCUUGCCGCUAACUUCGCCCGGGUUAAUGACAAACCGUACCUGGGGAUCUGCCUAGGCAUGCAGAUCGCCGUGGUUGAGUACGCCCGCUCCGUUCUCGGCCUGUCCGACGCCAACAGCACCGAGUUCGACCCCGCGACCCCGCACCCGUGCGUCGUGUUCAUGCCGGAGGUGUCCAAAACGCACCUGGGCGGGACCAUGCGGCUCGGCGCGCGGCGCACGCUGCUCACGACGCCCGAGUGCAUCACCGCUAAGCUGUACCAGGCGGAGCAGUUCAUCGACGAGCGGCACCGGCAUCGGUAUGAAGUGAAUCCGCAGAUGGUUCCGCAACUAGAGGCGGCGGGGCUGCGGUUUGUGGGCAGAGACGAGACUGGGCAAAGAAUGGAGAUUAUCGAGCUCCCGACGCACCCCUACUUUGUGGGUGUCCAAUUCCACCCCGAGUUCAAGUCGCGACCUGGCAAGCCCUCCGCCGUCUUUCUAGGUUUGAUCCUGGCGUCCUCUGGUCAGAUGGACGCAUACUUGCGAGGCAACGACGCUUUGGUCGAACCAAACGGCCGGUUCCAGUCGCCAAUGAAGCCCGCUAAGCCAGGAUAUAAGAUAACCGAGCACAUUACCUUGUAGCCGCUUGCUUGCAGUGUAAAUAUAUAUUUCAGAAGGUAGAGGUCUGCAGUGUGUGUGCGGUCAUUUUCCUGAUAUAACCCUGCCCAAAAGGUUGUUUCCAGGAGUGCAAAAAGGUGGAAGGUUGACGUUUACUGGACACACUGCUGGAAAUCUUGAGAUCUGAUAGCGUGAUGGAUUUGCACCCCGCUUGGGUGCUUCAGACAAUCGCUAAUGAUGGUCCCUUUUCGUUCUCGCCGUAGCCAAAUAGGCCAUA